CACGUUCAUCUGCUCGCCCACGCACAACACUUCAGACCUGAUGACGUAUCAACCGUAAUCUCGGCCGGAAUAGAAGGCAAAGGUGAAGCAUCACUCGUUGGGGUUUUUGGCUCAAGUACAGUAUUGUAGUUAUUAUCACAAAGGCAAGGAUCUGGUGUUUCUGGACCAUCUGUUACUUCCAAACUUCUCAAAAUAAAAUAAAGCAAGGUAAGUCGACGUAAAUCGCGUUGGGAUUUGUUGUGUCGCAUAUAUAAUACCACAUGGCAAGCAGGCAUGUUCAAAUAAUAUCACGAGACGGGAAGAGGAAGCGUUUAUAAAGAUAUCUUGUGUUGGUUUACUUCAUUAGGACACAGAAUAAUGGUCAGUAAUCGUACGCGUAUAUUUAAUUCUUGUUCUGUACUAUUUUAUACCGAUACGAAACAUAAAUAAACGAGAUUUCCAACUCGACAGGCAUCCACGUAUUCUAGGCCAUUCUAUUGUAUUGUUUUGAAUACUUGGGAUGCAUAUCAAAUUUGUCGUGUCGAAAUUGUCUAUAUUUCGCAACAAGGGCUGAGUUUUAGAAACUCGAACAGUAUUUCCCAAAGUGAAGUAUUCGGAUUUCGUAACGACAAAAGGUAUUUUUUGAUCAGAUAUAUUAUAUAACCAAUAUUCUAUUAGACGUCAUUGAAAUACGUGCAUAGAAUUGUAUACAUUUACAUCAUGUAGCAUUGUAGCUGAAUAAUUCUAAUUCAUAUUGACCUUAUAUAUAAUGAUAUUUAAACUGUUACUAUUACUGUAAAGGUGUGGAAAACCGGUUCAAUCCUGGUUCAAAGAUGUGUAAAAUAUAUUUGUUGUGUAUACACUCGGUAUGUAAGCUGCCAUGCAAUGUUGGCAUCAUGUGGACAACAAUAUUACCAGCCAACAUCGAUAAUCUUAAUCGUUGAUUGAUGAAAUACUGUAUUAAAAACCCAUUCCAUGGUUUCCUAAUAACAUUGGUCGCUCUAUUUUUGUUGCUCAUUACUGUGAGUUUUAUGACAAGUUUUAGGCUAUUGAUGUCAUCUUGGGCAUCAAGUUCAACCAUCUGGGUUAAAACAAUUCUAAAUUGUAACAUACAGUUGAUAGUCAUUGGAACGUUCCCCUAUUUACUGAAGAGUUGAUCCUGUUGUUACAAAACAGAAUACAGGUACAGAGACUGAAGACACUGAAGUCUUCUUAACCCUUUGUGAGAAUACUAGUGUUUCUCCUUGACCCAGUCUGCAUUUUUGUAUUAUUUACCUUGACAAUUAAAAAUGAUCUGCCGUUAAACAGAAGUAAAAUAAUAAACAUACCACUGUAUAUACAAUACAAUACAAUACAAUACAAUUUUAUUCAGUACCGGUAGUAAUACAUACAUAAAUAUAAAAUAAAGAUAAAGCUGUGGUGGUUCCUUCGACCCAUUUCUUGUCCUAAUACGACCACUGGUGGUCAUAAUGUAUAUAUGUCACUGAUGUCAGUCAUAAAAAAUAUAGACUUGCUGCACAAGAAGUAUCCUGCAAGCAAAUGUAAGUCAUGGAGAAAAUAUCCUGCACAGACUUGAUCAUAAAAUAAAAUACCCUGCAUGUUGUUGUCAUUUCAGAAAUCGUCCAUACCUCCCCUUGGAAAUUGGAAGUUAACACCCAUAUGUCCUAAUACACGUACAAAAAACAGAAACCAAUUUUCCUUCCCUUUCUCUCUGGAUGGCAUAAAUUUCCUCUGUGGGGGGAGUGUAGAUCUUUUUGGGAACAAUUCAUUGUGCCCCAAUGUACACUUUUUUAUUUUUCUGUAUCUAAUGCCAGACAUGUCAAAGGGAGGAUGCUGGCAUUCAAUUGGACCAUUUUGUCCACAUGAAAUGUUGCUCUAAGAAGUUCACAAUGUGGCAGUAUACCUAAUGUUUUAAAAAUUGUUUUAUUUGUGCAGCAGAUAAAGAACUGUUUAGCUGUGGAGGGGUGGAAUCAAGUUGUUUCAGUGUAAUAGAGUAUUUAAUGGAAAAAUAUGUGAUAUAAUAUACAUUUUUAAAUUAAACUUAAACAAAGUGGUGUUCAGCAGCGGCUGUGAGUAUCAAGUGAAAGUUCCUGAAGGAUAUAUACACUGUAUAUAUAUUUUUCUUUUGAUACUCUAUUUAAUAUACUGAAACAAUUUGAUGCCAAAAUUGGACUCCUGUGCUGAAACUAUGGGUAUCGGCCGAGAUCGAAGCUAUCAGUAGUCCUCAGCAUGAAAAGAGCAGUAUUGUGAAAAUGACCAAAAAAAUAGUAAUGAGUAAAAAUUACAAUUACUUUUUUGAAAACGUCAAUAACCCACUCACAGACUUUUCACAGCACUUGUAAUUGUAAUGCAUUUUUUAUUAUAAUAAUAUUUUAACAGGGAGCCCAUAUCUCCAAGGAGUUUUUCAAUGAGGCCCUGCAUAGAUAAAUAUUUAAAAUAUUUUGAAAUAUAUAUAAUAUCUAUAUACGAGUAGAAAUUAUAUGCAGUGAAGUAGAUUAUUAAUUAACACAAACUAUUAGAAAAUCGAUAUGUUAAUAUUUAGAAUUAAUGUUGUAAGAUGUUUUUCAGACUAACUUUAAAAAAAAUUGGCUCACGAUUCCAAAUGCUGCACUUCUAAUGCAAGGCUGAAGUAAAUCAUUCCCCUCACUUAAGGAAUGGUAGCAACAAUGUUGCUUGCCCCAAUCCGUCUUCUACCAGUCUAGAGUUGUAAAAGUCUAAAAUUGCUAAACAAUAUUAGUCUAUAGUAAAUUAAAAAUUAACUUACUUUAUAUAGCAGACUAACUUGGAAUAUUCAGUAGCAUAUUCACAAGAAAAACCCAACACCAGUAAAAUCAGUCACAGAUGUAGUACUGCAUUGUCAACAUAAACAGGGAUGUGCCGACCGAUAUGUCUUUGGGGGGGGGGGGGUGAACACAAAAGUUGGCCCCCUUCCUUUUGGGGGGUGAACUCAAACGUUUGGCCCACCAAAACAUUUUCCGGACAAUGUUGCCAAUUGUGAGUGGGGGGAGGGGGAUGUAUACAUUUUCUGGUACAAAAAGGUUCCAAAACAAAAGCAGGGUAAAAAUAUGUUUUUCCGAAUUUUUCGACCUCAAUUUUUCACAAUAUUCCUAAAUAACGGUAACAAUAAGUAACAUUUUGGUAUUUUAACGGUAAAUCUUUGAAAAGUGUUCUGAAACAAUAGACAGUAUUUUUUUCCCUCACGAUUCUCGCUAAAUUUUUAGUGUUUUCACGACUGACGGUAACCGAAAUUGAGUGAAUCACGACUCACAAUAUAACCCAUCAACACCCUCUGAAUACACUACAGUGGCGUGCUGGGUACUAUUUUUCUGUGGGGCAGUGGGCUAUCAACCAAUAUGCGCCCCUAUAAUGUUACGCUUGAUAAACAAGGGUCGAAGGCACAAGCCGAGUGCCGCAGGUGUGAGGUUGGUCUAGGGGGGUUGUGGUCAGAAAACGGCAUUAUAACGUGUCGAAAUUUGCAAUUUGGUUAGAAUUUAGUAGUAGUACUUAAAUUGGGCAAAUAUGCUAACUACUUCCAGUGAUUAAUCUAACCCCAAUUGUAUUUUCUACUGAUCUGAAUACAUUUAUAACUUACAUCUCUUUUAUACAAGGACCCCACGCAUGUGCAUUUUAAGGUUUCCUUGCCUGGCUGCCAAAAGGGCGCGUUUUAGCAUUAUUACUUACAUUACUCAUGAGUCAUGAUGUUUCUUGCGCAAAUAAUGAGACAAAUGGCCUGUGAUCACUGAUCAUGUUUCUAUAUGAACGAUUUUGUUUGAGCCGUGAGGUAGCAAAUUAGCAAAUACGGUUAGACAAAAUAGUCUGUAAUUUAAUAUAAAGCCCAUCUUGGCAGAAGUAACUAUAUUUUUUCAAAUGCGUUUUUUCCCACCCACUUUCAAAAUUCGGCGCGGAAUCGCGGCGCCCCCUUUUAAUUUUUGUGCCCUUCAAGAAUUGCCAGCUGCCCCCAGCACGCUACUUAUACACUAUACACAAAUAACACAAUCUAUUUAAAAACUAUAUAUUUCCAAGUUGAUUCGAAAUACACAGUCUUUAAAUCGAUUCUGUAUAAUGUAUUCUUGCACACGUUUUCGUGAAUAACAUUGAGUUUGUAUUUGUUUGAACACACUGAAUAAAGAAUAUUUUUCGGGUCAAAAUGUCAUUAUCUACCCCUACAUGCUGACAUGCUCAUUACAAAAUUCUGCCCUUUUCGUAAUUUCGUUUUGGAAAAUUAGUUAAUUUCGGUUUCGUUUCAAAUAAACUUUCGAACGUUUGCGUUUGUAAUUGUUGUCGAAUAUCGAUAUAUACGUAUGAAUGAAAACGUAACAACGUAACAUCUGUUGGCGCCACUGUUAUGGUUGGCGCGCGUUUGAGUUUCUUUGUCCAAUCAGCGAACUGAUUUUGUACCACGUGUCUCGAGAAUUACCAUAUUCGGGAGGAGAAAUGUUACUUUCGGCCGCUGCUUCGUUUAUAUUUUUGGAAAAUUAGCGCCAUGUUGGUUUUUACAAGUGAUAUUUUAACGAAUUAUAAACAUACAUUUCUCUCUUCCAGUGUGAAGAUCGGAUUGAUUUAAUCAAGUACAAUGCUCUUGAUAAAAAGAAUGAGUAAAAGAGUAUAUACCGUGGUGUAUUUUAUCGUUAUUGCUGUGGUUUGUGAAUGGUGUAAGGCAAACGGUGCGUAAAAUUUCUACGUUUGUAUUGCUGUUGUUUUGUUUUGUAGUGUCUUCCUAUUUAUUUCAAUUGUUUGCUUUAGUGAAUCUUGUAAUAAAGUAAAGCAAAUCAUGUUUUAUGUGAACAGUUAAACCAUAAUUCAUUGCUUUAAAUCAUGAAAUAUACUGUCUAUUAAAUAUCUUCGUUUUAUUCAAGCAGAUAUUCUAAUAUUGUAGUUUUCGUUGCGUAUCAACUGUCUUUGUUAUGAUGUCUGGAAGCACAACAGUCAAGUUCGGUAGUUUGUUCGACUUAUAUUUUAAUCCUUGAUGUUUUGAUUUUCUAUAGACUACAUCUGUAAACCAGAUCAAGUGCAAUUUAAAUGUCAAAAAGAUGGCAACUGCAUUCCAAAGACGUGGGAAUGCGAUGGCGAAGAUGACUGCUCAGACGGUUCUGAUGAAAUGAAAUGUGGUACGUAUAUCUUGCACUUUACACUAUUUUUUGUCAAUAAAAGUGCUCGUCUAUUAAAAUACGGUUUAGAAUAAAAAUAUAUGUUUAGUGUAAUAGUCAACCGUAGACUGUAGUAACUGUAAUAGUAAACUCGUAGUAACAUGUCGCUAAUCGCCAUCCAUCAUUUGUUUACGUUUUGUUUGUAUGAUUAAUAAUUCAUGUCGCUACAGAGUAAAAUAUUUCAUCGCGCUUUUCGUUUGGAGUUAAAUUACAGUAUGUUAAGGAAGUCUUGUACUAUAAAUUUGUAUUAAAAGGAAAAAAAAAUUUACAGAAGAGCACAAAACAUUAUUCGAAUAAAAGCACUGUAAAUAUAUAUUUGACUUUUGAGGCUGUCAUCUGUGAUGCCAUUGAGGAAAAAAUAUUCUGGGGGCUCGUUUACGGUAAGAAUUUCCCCAUAGGGUUUAUCUAAAACUGGUUUUUCACAUGGGAACUGGAAGUUAUUGGGAGAUUUGAAUUUGAUGACAAAUCCAUUAUGGAUACCAUAAAUGGAUUUCUAAAGGCCGAUUAGACUAGUAAGGGACGGACCAUUAGAAAAGUGAUGGGGGGGGGAGGGAUUUUCUAAGAGGCAAUAUUUUUUUUUUGUACACCUAUAGAAGAAAUAUUUUUUUCUCACUUGAUGGUGGAAAUAUUUUUUUUUACAGUAAUUACAGUAAUUUUUUAGUCAAGUAAGUAUUGUUUACAUUUUUUUGUUAUUGUCGCUACUUGACAUGCGCACCACAGUAUGCAUGCGUUUUCUUGUGUGCGAAAGUACUCGUACUCAUGGAUACUGCAUGUAAGAUACAGCCAAACGAAUCUCCGUGGAGUCCCCUACUUAAGGUGGCUUUUGACUAAAAAGUGACUGUAGGGCCCCUUUAAGUGAAAUUUAUAGGCCUAUUAGUGGUGUAGUCCUGGGGCCGGUUGUUCAAAGCUGGCUUAGCGUAACCCUGGGUUAACCUAAAAUUCAAAGCAAACUUCCUCACAGCUUGUCUAUAAAUUUGGAAAUAUUUCUUCAGAGAUCUUGUCUGGAUUGAUAGGAGUUUACUUCUCUGAAGUUUUGAAAUAAACGGAUGUGCAGAAAUACAUAAACAAAACAUUUGGUUAAAUUUUAACCCAGGGUUAGCGCUAACCCACCUUUGAACAACCGGCCCCUGGAAUGUUAACAAGGGGGGCUCUCCAAAGUGCCCUGAAUUGGCGGGAGGCGAGGGGAGGUACAAUAAGAUAUUUUGGAAAUUCUAAAUUUUGUUGGGGUUUGUUCCAGUAAUUCUGAGACAAACAUUUGACGUUAUUCUUAUUAAAAACAAGCCGAAGCGAGGGCUGAAGGCCCAAGGAAAAUUUUAAAUUUAGAGUCUGGACUUUGGGGAAGAUUUGACAGAAUUCUGAUGGUCAGAAAACAGCGUUUUAGUAUGUUGAAAUUUACAAUUUAGUGGUACUAAAUGGGCGAAGGCGUAUUUAACUAUAUAUUGGAUAAGUUGCAGGAAAUUUAUAUGGGUAAUAUCUUCAUUCUUUGCAGUUUGUCAUGAUGGAUAAUGUAGCAGCUUAAAAUUAAUCAAUUGUCAGUGUUUUAAAGUUAUAUUAUUUAAAUGUAUUGAGUAGCCACAGAUUUGUCCUUGGCACAUAUGGUAAAGACUCUACAAUUUUUGAGCCUCUGACCGUAUAGUGAUGACGUAAACUUUAUAUAGGUCUAUGCACCGAGGGGACUGACCUAACCUUGGCAGCCUACUUGCAGUGGGGGGCGGUGAGCUAACCUGUGCCUUGCCCGCGGUGGGAACAAGUGCUGCCUGCUCUCUCAGACAAAAUGUCUCUUCACCCUGCUGACGAACGUUAGAGGACACAUGACACUCAGCACGCUGGUCAUAUUCAGCAAAUUUUCUCCCAGGACCGCAGGCUCAUAUUGUCAGUGGACUUGCGGUGUAAAAUUGAAACUUUUGCAUUUUUCAAAGAACUGGCCGCUUUCUGUAAGAUGUCCGCUGUCAAUACGAACCCGCAUGAGUGGGAGAAAUUUUGCUAAAUUUGACCAACGUGCAGCUCCCAGGUCAACAUGAAAUUUCAACAAGAGGGGCUGAGCCCCCCAUGAGCCCUCCCUCCAGUACACCAUUUGGCCUAUCUUCUAAGAAAGGAAUUUUUUUUUUUGCACUAUGCCUGGAAAGAUUUUUUUUUCUUAAUUUUUUUCUGGGAAUAAAUUUUUUUUUUGGUUUUGCCUAAAACUGUCACAUGCAAUCUGCUUACAACUUGAGUUGUACUGUGUAAAUCAAGCGCACAACUUGCCUAUGACAACAUAGUUGUAAGAAGACUGCAUGUGACAGUUUUAGGUGAAAUUUGUAUGUCGUCUACACAUGAUUUCAUAAAACUUUUGAUGAACGCUUUCCAAACUUUGUUCUGAAGUUAACAAGUUUGUUGCAAAACGAUUUUGUUAAACAAGGAUAAAGCCUAAAACUUACUUUUCAUUUAUCUAUUUGUUAUUUUUCACUGGUUUGUUUGUAUAAAUUCAGGAGAAAGGGACUUUUCCUGAGGGGGGGGGGUGCAAACUGUGAUUUUGUGGGGUGGGGGCAUAAGCGGACUGGGGGACAUGGCUUGUAUGUUAAAAAAGGCCCUGAUACUAGUCCUCUCGGUGGGUGAGACUAAGAUUAUGUUAGGGUUAGAGGGUGGGGGGUUAGGUUCUGUUUACAUCCUAUGGGUCUGAAAAACGGGAAAUCGAUUCUACAGAUCAAAGUACUCCCAGUGUUUACACAUGCAUCGGGAUAUACAUGCAUCAGGCUAUAUAUUUGAAAAAUUCAAAAUAAAUAUUUUUACCCUGUGCCAUAUUCAAACGAAACUUUCUACAUGAAAGCACUUGAAUACAAGAAGUAUUUUACUCGCAUGACUCUGAGCAAAUUCUAUGACUCUGAGCAAAUUCUGAAGAGCUUAGAAGAUAUUCAAUUUUUUUCUCAAUAUGAAAUAAAGAAUGUUUGGUCAAGUGGUGAGUAAAUACACCAUAACCAAUAAAAAUCGUAAGAAUGUAAAAUUUUAAAUUGGGAUGUGACGAGAAAUUAAUUAAAUUAACCCAUAUACUGGCAGUACUCUACCUACUGAUGAGUAAAAUUGAUAGACAAUAGAACUAAAGUAGGGCGCAUUGCAAUGCCAGCUAAUGGGUUGUUAAUAAGAGACAUUGGCAGAUAGGUUUUUAACCCAUUUACUGACAGUACUCUACCACUGACAAGUAAAAUCAUGGCAUUACACAUGCAGUGUAAAUUUGUCUGGCAUUGGACAGAGUUAGCUAAUGGCUAAAUAGACCAAAAUGCUGUUUAUCCACUUUUGACCCAAUGGCCUCAUUUUCAUGUUGGUUAUUUAUAAGUUUGUGAUUGGUCUUAAACGAUGAACGAGAAACAAAUUUGUGCAGGAAACAUACGGCAUAUAACCGUCAUGUGCAGGCACGUGGAAAUGAGCACAUUGGGUCAAAAGUAAAAGGCUUCCCUUUACAGAAUUGCAUAAAAGUAUAAACUUUUGCAUUCAGUUCAUGUGGCAAAAAGGCAGCACUUUCCUUGCAAUAGUAACUCCUAGUUUUUUUACUUGACAUAAAAUCAUGUCUAAUGCCAGACGAUUUUACUUAUCAAUGGGGAAGCUCUGCAGCUUAAUUAAUGUGUUAACCAAAAUAUCUGACAAUGUCUCUAUAGCUAGUUAACACAUUGAGCUGCAGUGCGUCCUACUUAUUUUUUUACUUGUCUAAUGACAGAUGACUAUUUACUUGUCAAUGGGGGAAGCGAGCUGCGGCUUAAUGGGUUAAUUAAUCAUGAUUUGAUUCAGGUAUUUGUGCUGAUGAUAAAUUUACAUGUGAUGGCCGUUGUAUAACUAAAGAUUGGGUUUGUGAUGGCAUUACUGAUUGUGGAGAUAAUUCUGAUGAAUCGCCAAAAUAUUGUGGUAAGUUUACAGGCUUAUAUUUUAUAUUUUACAUUAAUUAAUUUUGCAGUAUAUGGAAAAUUUCCUGCCCAGAACUUAGGCUGUUUAAUAUGAGAAAUUUCCAUUAUUUGUGGGUUAGACAGAGUAAAAUAACAAAGUGGGGUGCAUUGGGUUGCAAUGCAACUUUUAAUGAGUUGAUGGAAAUUUGAAAGAGACCUCAAUUUUAAAAGUGAAAACACUGCUGCAACAAUUUCGAAAGAUUUUACACAAAAUGUUAACUUCUUUUUAUUGUACUGUAGUAUUGUACAAAAAAAUUAAUAAAUUUUGUUUAUUAAAAAUUAUUGGUACAGGCGUAUUGUGUAUGUACCACAGAAUGCUGCAAAAAUGUACUUGUUCCAUAUCUAUUGUCUAAUAUUAUUUGUUCCCAGUAAACUGCAAAACAACUGUUUUUGUCAAGCAACCCCACCCUGGCUGAACGAGGUCACAUGAUAGGUAUUUUGUAUGCUGCUUGUUGAAAAAUAUAUGGACCGCAAUGUGCCAAAAUUAUAUGUCCAUUAACAGAAUCGAGACGAUUGUUUCUAGUAGAUAUUUGCAAGAAAUGGAAGUUCAUAAGAAUUUAUAAAGCUCUAAAAUCAACAAAUUUGGGUGAAUAUAUUAUUUUGUUGCAUUAAUCCUGCCAUACUUGUUUAAUCUAAUGAUUAAUUCAAAACUACUUACCUGAUUGGAUAAUAAAAUAUAUAGGCCUAUAAUAUAAUACCCAUAAUUCAAUUAAACGACUCUGCUAGCUGGUGGCGAAUAUUUCCAUAGCAGCAAGUCGUGCAAUGCAAACUUUUAAUGAUUUGCAUUAUUCAAACCUUUAGAAAUGUAUUUGUCUUUAACCUACUUAGAUGCAGGUUUAUUAGCAUAGCAUGACCAGUUGCCAUGGCUAGCUACACUGUUGUUAUUUAACUUGUUAACAGAUAUGCACAUAAUCAAAAUGAAAUAAUUCAAACUUUAUUUGUCUUUAAAAUAUUGAAACAUAGAGGCCCAUUUACAUGGUAUGAUGAGAACUUUGUAUACAGCUAAUUUAAAACAUAGGUCUGCUAUGACGGACAUGCAUCUACUGAAUAGUAGCACUGGGAAAUAAAAGGCAUUAAGCAGAUAAAAGCAUAGAUGUGCACUCUGACCUUUGGAAUUGAUUUCUGGCAUUUCCAGAGUCACAGCACAACGUGACAAGCGUCGCAUUGUUGACGUUUUAAAAUGGUAUUUCCGGUUGGGAUUAGCUCACAGGGCCAGAAAUGGAAAUUUUUAUAUACCGUGAUAAAACUAAAAGAUACAAAUAUGAAGGUACAAGCUCGAAAAUAUAAACACUCCACACAGUGUUAUUGGUAAUGAUUCGAACAAAAAUAUUGCAUGUUCGGCGAAAGGUAUGGCUGGCUAGUUUAUAUUUUUGAUCAGACAAUUGCGUAAUUUGAUAAUAUACGAUCUCGCUUGACUUUCAAAGGCCAUAAAUCGCUACAAUGUUGAUAAUCACUAAUACUAUUGUGAGGAAUUAGUUGAUAUUGUUUCACUGAAUCGAAUGGUGGUAUUAUACUGUAAAGUCUCGAAAGUAAGCGCCCUGCUUACUUUUGAAAUUAGUGGCCUUAAGUGGCGCUUACUUUUGAGGGGGCUCUAACUUUCAAAGGGUGCCUACUUUCGAGUUGUUAUUUUCAGUGUCGGCCAUUACCGUAGUUUAGCACAGAGAAUUAUGAUAAUAUACCGUAACAGAAAUAAAAACGUUCUAUAUAAAUGGUUAUAGGAGAAAACAUGUGCGGAAGUCGCUCCAACGGCGUUGCAAAUGCGGUAUAGUGUAAACUGGGUCCUUAAAAUUACUGUUUCUACAAGUUUUAUGUCAUUAUUCGAAAUGUUAUCUUUAUAUAAAUUGCUAUCUUUAUGUAUACCCUAUGUUUUACAACUUUAAAAAACUUUUUUCGGGGGUGGGGGCGCUUACUUUCGAGGGAGUGCUUACUUUCCAGAUUCUCUAGCGAGUGUUGAAAAAGGCGCUUACUUUCGAGGGGGCGCUUAUUUUCGAGACUUUACAGUAUGUCUUCAUAGCAUGCACUGAACUAACCUUGCACUGAACCGAAGAUAUCAACAUACAAAGUCGUAGAGAAGAGUGUAAUAGCCGACGUAUAAAGAUUGAAUAUGUAUUUAAUAAUAGACGUUUACAGUUGCAGUCUAGUACACAAAAGAGCCAUCUCGAAGCUGUGCACAUGUCUAUAUCUAAGUUGGAUCUGUCAAUCAUGCCCCAAUCAAUUACGUAAUAUUAAUAGUUAAUACUACAUAUAUUACACCCCCCCUUUCCUAAUAUUUAAGAUCAACGUGUACAAUCUCGCUUGACUUUCAAAGGCCAUAAAUGAAUUAAAUCGCUACAAUGUUGAUAAUGACUAAAACUAUUGUGCACUGAACCGAAGAUAUGGACAUACAAAGUCGUCAUCCUCUUGCGCAGUUAUACGGCAUUCUUCAUAUUGCACUUCGCUCGUGUUAUAUUGACAAAACCAUUUUAUUGAGUACUUGUGUUAUUGAUAUAAACAGCGGAAUUGACCGUAGAUGACCGCUUUCGCUUACAAUCCUAUGCUUGCAAUGCAUAUUUACAUCGAUUCGUCAUCAAAUGUGCCUUUUCCCGACAUACACAGACCUCUGGUCCUGACAAUGCUUCUAAUCAGUAGAUGCAAAAAGGUUGUCCUUUGCAAACCUUUAAACUCUAAACCUUAAACUCUAAGCGUGCAAAGCAUAAUGGGAGCUUCAUUUAAUCAGUUUAGAAAUUCAUAUAUGGUGCCCAUUUCUUAGAGACAUGCAUGGUAAAUAUCUCCUUGUGCGAACAAUUCAUUCACAAAUAGCUGCAAUAUUCAACUACUAAGCUUGAAACUUGUGCUACUUUUUUGAAUUGGCUGUAUAUACGACUCUCAUGCUGGCUAUGUACUGAAUAACAGGUGUAAAAAUGUCACAUUUUAAUUUUAUUUUGAUAUAGAGUAUUAAUCAAAAUAAAUUAUGCUGCGGAUUUUACAGGCACUCGACGGGGAAAAAUUUCCAAAACAUAGAAUUUUAUUUCUUGAUAAUCCAGAUUAUUUUUAAGAAUUUUUAUGAAAAUAUCCAUUUUUUGUUGUUAUAUGUCCAUUAAGACUAAAACUAAUAUAUUUUCACAAAGAUAAAGUAUAUCAUGUUUUCUCCAAUUUUGAUAAGAGAAAUAAAACCCCUGAUAUUCUGUGGUAUUCUGUGGUACUGUACAUACACCUGUGUACUUAAAAAUUAAAAAAAACUUUCUGAUAUUGGGUUCAAAAACUGGUGUUUUCAGUACCGGUUCCAUUACGAUAUACCGUUUACAGUAUUGUGCCAGGAGGUGUAUUCUGGGUUUCAAGAACUUCUAUGGAGUAUUUUUGUUCUUUCCAGCCAAUAAAUCUUGUGGUACUGAUGAAUUUACUUGUAUGAAAAGCCAAAACUGUAUUUUGAAUUCUUGGACAUGUGAUUAUGAAAAUGAUUGUGAGGAUGGAAGUGAUGAAGUUAACUGCCGUGAGUAGAUCUUUAUGCUUUAAAUUUUUUGUAUAGACUACAUGUAUCAGAUGUAUGUGUACAAAUUGCGAUUAAUUGGAGUGACUUAACUUUAUAUAUUUUACAGUCAAAAUUGAUGUUCUUUUGUUAGUAACUUUGCAAUAUUGCAUCACAACAUUGUAAUGUUGAUUUGCAAGUUGCAACUGCUUUUGACAAGUUGCUGCCUAGAAACUACAGCAUUAUGAAAAUAUAUUGGUAUUUGGGAUGAUUAAUUCUACAUUUGAUACAAAUUGGACAUAUAAAUUGUACACAUGCUUGUGUUUGAUUUUGCAUAUAGUUACGAUAGCAUUUAGAAGUAAUUAUCAACCUCAUAAUUACCUGUAUAUAUCAAACAUUGUGUGGUCGACAUCAAAUAGUUUAAAACAAAACAAAAAAAUAAAUAAAAAGAAUAUACAGUAAUUGACAAAUUCAUUUAUCUGAAAUGUGACAAAUGUUUAUAUCACUAAUAUUUAUCAAUGAAACAAUAGAAGAAAGUUGCCGCUUAAAAUGCACCCUUGGACAAAAUUAUCAUUUCAUUCCAGACCUUGGGGCCUUGGAAUCGAAGAGAAAAUUUUCCAUAAUUUAUAGUUCUUACUGUGGGAAUAUAAUAUGAAUCUUUUGAGGCUAAUCUUGUGUUAUAGUUAUGUUUUCUUUUAACUUGCAUAAAAAAAAGUCGGUAAAUACAUACAAUUGUUGCUGCCACCCUAGAAACUUGUCAAGAGCGGUUGCAAUUUGCUCCGAGUAAUUUGGAAUCAAUGUUUCUGUUUAAUUUGGAAUCAAUGUUUCAAUAUUGCAAAGUUUCUUGCAGUUUGAGUGUAACAAUAUAAGAAUGUGUAGUAAGCAUAUUAUGUAGUACUUAGUAUCAUCUGACAAGAAUAUCAACUGACAAACUAUAAUUACUGCAACAAUGUCAUUAACACUGAAUGUUGUUAUUUAGCUGUAAAUCAGUGUCUAGAAGGAUCUUUUCAAUGUAAAAACCAGAAAUGUAUUGAUUCAAAGUGGAAAUGUGAUCAUGAUUUUGAUUGUGAUGAUAAGUCUGAUGAAACAAAUUGCAGUAAGUUACACUGUGUUUUACAUUCAUGAUAAGUGCAUGUGUGCCAAGAAAACUUAAUUGGCAAGUGCAUGUGUGCCAAGAAAACUUAAUUGUGGUAUCCAUAAUUCGUAGUUUUAUCACUUUUCAAGCAGUUUUACAAUCGUUGAAAAAUUGCUAUCCGGCCCUAUCCACCUCUAAUUGUGAGCCACCAUACUACAUACUUAGUAAACCAGUUUUCAGAUCUUGAGAAUGUGGUUGCUUUGAAUGUGCUUCAGCACCCAUUGGUUAGUUACAGAGAGAAACAUUUUCUCCAACUUAUUACGGUUCUGAUUGAUGCAGCCUAACAGAUUCUGAACCACUCUUUUCACUCUGAUUGCAUCAGGGUCCCAUUUAUCUAUCGCUCAUUAUUUGCCUUGAUGAACACAGGAUAGUAGAGGUGUGGAUCGACAUGGACGUUUAUAACCUGACAAUUGGCUAAUAGUUUAAAAUCCGAUCCGAAAUUGUCAAAUCCAAUCCGAGCUUUGAUAAAGAAUUCCGAUCCGAUCCGAAGAAUCCUUUGAUAACAUAAAUUUCUUAUUCAAGUUGAAAUAUUUAACCAAAUAAAUAUAAAAGCAAGAAAUACAUGUCAAGAAGCUGACAAAGUGACGUCCAAUUGAAGUAUCAAACGAAUAAUGCAGCGACAACCGCGAUAAUGCUUUGAUAAAUGCAUGGAUAAUUAAUUCGUGUGAUAAUGCGUUGAUAAAUGCAUGGAUAAUUAAUUCUUGUGAUAAUGCGUGGAUAAUUAAUUCGUUUUAUUUCCAAUAUCGAAGUUCGAUCCGAUCCGACUACGAAACAACUUUAUCAAUCCGAUCCGAAAAUCCGAAAUGUAUAUUUUUGUUCCGAAAUCCGAUCGGAUUUGCACACCUCUACAGGAUAGUCAUUUGCUACUCUCCUGCUUCGUACAAAAGUUUUUAAACAUUAAAUGUCAUUAAUACAUCUUCCAUUACAGCCUACCGUCCGUGUGAUAUCAGAUUUGAAUUUCAAUGUAAUGACAAACGUUGUAUCCAGAAGGAAGCAUUUUGCGAUAACCAUUAUGAUUGUGAUGAUAAUUCGGAUGAACCAGCAACAUGCACUUCAACUAUUAAAAACAACAAUAAAUGUCCUGUUGGCCGUUUUGAUUGCAAAGAUGGAACCUGUAUUUUCGAUCGUUGGAUAUGUGAUGGUGAUAUGGAUUGUCCGUCUGGAGAUGAUGAAAAUAAUUGCACAGGUGUGUUUAACCCCAGUGCUCUCCCCUUGACAAGUAAAUCAUCUGGUGUUCGCCUGAGUAAAAUAAUAAAGUACGCCAAGUGCAUUAGGGUGCAAUGCAACUUAAUAGGUUAAAUUUAAUACAUUGAUGGCGAAAUUACUGCAGUUUGUUUGAAAGGCAGCACAACCGUUGACAGGCAUUCAGAAUUCUGUGCUGCCGCGAUUUAAACAAGUUCUUUUUCAAUUUCUGAUGCUUUGUACACAUGAUGUACAAAUUCACAUCAGGAAAUACCAGUACAAAACUAAUGGGUAAGAAAAAUUGCCCCAAACUCUUUGCAAUCAUCAGAUAAAAAGAUUAAGGUCUGUGAUUUUGGUUGCCAAAAACAAGGGCGGGCGGGCGUGCGUGCGUGCGUGCCUGUGCGCGCGUGUGCGUGCGUGCGUGCGUGCGUGCGUGCGUGCGUGCGUGUGUGUAUAUAUGUAUAUAUGUAUAUAUGUAUAUAUGUAUAUGUAUGUAGUAUUUAAAACACGAGGAGUGUUUUAUGAUAUUUAAAACGAAAUGAAAUUUAGAUAUGAUAAAAUGCGAGUUCGAGUGUUUUGAAUAGCUCAAAAUACGAUUAAAAAAGAAUGCUAAUUAGGAUGAACAAUUAUAUAAUCAUACUGAUUAGGAUGAACAAUUAAAUAAAGAAUACUAAUGAAGGUGAGUUUUAUCAGAUAUAAAGUCACUCCACAUGACCUAUUACGGCCGACAUGAUUUGCCACAAGGUUUAUGAAUUUUUAAUGAGUAUUUUAAAUAUAUAGAAUAUUCUAGCAAUACCUGUAAUUAGGUCGUGCGUUUGAAUAAAUUAUUAUUAUAGCCAGAGUAAGCAAGAAUUUGGGCAAACUUAAGUAAUUCACUAAGGAUUUAAACUUUAGAUAUUUUCUGUGUGUCUUUCAUUGAUAAGCUUUACUAAUUAUUGUAAUUUUUAAUUGAUAGCCUGUGCUGAAGGCCAGAUAAGAUGUCAAAGUGGAAACCGAAAGUGUAUCCUAAAGUCUUUAAAAUGCAAUGGAAAACCAGAUUGUGAAGAUGGUUCUGAUGAAAAUGACUGUGGUAGGAUAUUUUGUUGUUUACAAAGCAAGUUUGGGUCCAGUUUAAGUAAAAAUUGUUUAACAACUGAACAUUUCACCUGCUCUCUAGCAAAUUUUGCGCCAGUAUUAUAUGGUUCACCUUUUACAGCACAAGCAAUCAGUAUCAGUCAUUUCUAGAAAAAUACCAAGGGAAAGGUUUCGUGCUUACACAAUUUUACACGAGGGUAUAAAUUUCAAAAUCUCACAGGGAGUCGACCUCGACCUUCCCUCCUUGAUACCUUCUCCAUCACAUUCUUCUGUAACCGUAUAUUUCUUUAAAAAAGUCGCCUACUCAAAAUUCUAGUGGAUACACACCUGAAUACACACUAUACAUGUGAAUUAUUUCCAGAUCCUGCAUUCAAAUGUAAAGAGGGUGAAUUCAAAUGUCUCAGGUCUAACGUGUGUAUCAAUGAAUCAUUGACAUGUGAUGGUGAGAAGCAUUGUAGUGAUGGGACAGAUGAAGGUCAAUUUUGCGGUAAGGAUUUCCUUCAAUAGAGAAUAUUCAAAGCAUUUCUUUCAAUAAAAAAUAUUCAAAGUCUUAAUGUGUUUGAAUACAGUGAAUUGUGAAUGUCCGAGUGGUCUCUUUCCCUUUAUUUACUACAUUAAAGUAAGAUUCACUGAUCAUAGAAGUACGAAUUAGUACGGUUUCUAUAUGCGUGUAUAGGUAAACUUGUGGUAGACCUAUGCGUUGCAGUACCUUGUAUAUGUAAUGUAAACUAUUCAGAAUAAUACACAGACAUAAAAACUACUGCACGAUUCCUGAAAACAAACUAUUUCUUUCAUAUUACUGGUUACAACGAAGGAUAUCUGAUUUUUUAACGAACUGCUCUUUUUCUACCGUAUAUAUUUUGCUUGUUUAUUUAAUGCUUAUAAAUGCAGUAGCUUAAUAUUUUUGGUAUAAUUCUGCUGCUACAAGUGCUCAAAAUAACGAGAGAUAGAUCUCCGGUCAAAAUGACCGGUCAACUUCAUUUUAGCUCGUUGAAAAUCUGUUUUUAACCGGUCGUUGAUACGCUUACACUAACAGUGAAACAAAUUAUUAAAAACUUGUUUCGAUACAUCAUAGUUUCAUGUUUUAAUUCAAGACGUCAGCAAUCACAUUGGAAGGCGUGAAAAUGUGGCCAGUCAACAUUUUGGCCAGUCACUCACUCAUUGUCCGUUGAACGGCCGUUAUUUUGAGCCCUGGCAGUAUUCAGUGCUUCAUGAUAUUACAGUCCGGCAGCCUCGAGUAACAUCGCGAGUGGUUGGUGUACUCCAUUAAUAUACAGUAUAAAGUUCUCUCUCAUGAAUAUGAUCAAGGAACUGCAUUAGGUUAAAUGGGUUGCGCAUGAUAUUAGCGAUGUCACCGAAGUGUGCGAACGCAUGAAACAUUUGUAAAUUUUGUGUAUUUUUUUGCGUACUUGCAAUUCUAAUUCCCCUACCUCCGAAGAUCUUAAAACAGUACAAAAUUCAUAUACAUCUUUUAACAGUACAAAAUUCACAUACAUCCUUAAACAGUACAAAAUUCACAUACGUAUAGGUAAUAGCAUGGUUUCGAGUGCAAUUUGGAUACAACAUGCACGAGUGAGUUUUUCAAAGACCUCAAAAUAGCACGAGUCCGAAGGACGAGUGCUAUUUGAGGUCUUUGAAAAACUCACGAGUGCAUGUUUAUCCAAAUUUCACGAGAAACCAUGCUAUUACUUAUUAAUAAUUUACAUAAAAAUGUUCGAGACAAUUGUAGUUUUCACUCACGCGUUUAUAGCGAACAUUCCACUGGCAACAUUUUCCUGGCUUUGUUAUAUCACAUUAUACAACGCUAACAGCUUAAAAAUUCCACUCAACUAUGUAAUCUUUGUUUGUCUUGUUUAAGGUAAAUGCUUUUCCAUUUAAAAAUAAAGAUAAAAGCCAUAUUUUCCACGCGAAGGCAACUUUUACUUUGUGUAGCGCGGCGCCGCAAAUUUUUUUUCCGUAGACAGUCGGACUCCUCAUUGAUAGUCGGACGCAUCAUUGAUCCACGUCCAGGCCUCCGCGCGUUAUCGAUGGAUCCCUUCGUACCCUGCGUAACCCACUGGUGCACCAUAUAUCCAUCACUCCACAUUGUUCUUCUUCGACCACGUGUAGAAAGAUGAACGAUUUGCUUCGCGAUGCCAUAGUAAAUCUACAAACUUGUUUUUCUGCGAAAAUACUUGCGAAAAUACUCAAGAACUGUUAUUGCGAGUUAAAACUAUAUAUCACCCCAAUUGAAGAGAAUCAGGAUAAGAUAAAUAGCGUGUAAGGAAGUACAGGAAGAUUCAAGGCUACCAUCAAGACCACUUUCUAUAAAUAGGAGUAUUGCAGAAUACCCGUCCACUAGUAAUAUCAUAUCAUGUAGCCCGGCCACUAUUUCACUGGAUACGUAUAUACCAGAUCUUAUUGCCUCGUUCUAAUAUACACAAACUAAUUACUAAAACAAUAUUACGAAUUGAUACUAUAAAGAAAUAUCAUGCAAGACUUUUAAUGUUUAAUACUAUGCUUAGUAUGCUUUAUAAUAUAAAAUUUUUUCUCCCAGCGACGCUAAUUAAUCAUAAUCUGUCAAACACUAAUGUCCGGGUGUGUGGAACAUAUUUACAUAUUACACCACAUUUAAGCUACUUGACUUGCGUAUCCACGUAUCCACUAAAAUAUAGAGCCCGCUAUAUAUAGCAUGAGAAUUUGAUCUAAUGCUAAUCUAACUGUAUGCCUCGUUCUCAAAAUAACUACUUGACUCCAUGUCUGCGUAUAUCCACUAGAAUAUAGAGCUACCUUUAACACUAUGACAAUUUAAUCUAUUAACGCUAAGUCACUGACACUGUAUGCUUCGCAGCUACCUUUACCACCAUGGGAUUUUAAUCUAUCAAUUUAAUUUAUUUAUUAAUCUAUUGAGAAUAAAUAUAGAUGUAUUAAUACAUCGUAUUCAUGAUGUUUGAAAAGCAUAGCAUAAAAGUGGACGGGUAUUCUGCAAUCGCUCCAGAAGAUAUUGCAAUGUUUUUCCAAAUUAUGGAAUCGAAAGCAAUGAAACUUAUUAAGAGUUACUGAAGCAACGAAAAGAGUUACAAAAAAACUGUUACAAAAGCAAAGAAAAGCAAGUGGGAAUGGCGAAUAUAACUUAAUAAAAUAUGUCAGAUGUCAUCGCGACACAAGAUAUGAAGCCAUAAUGUGUCCUGCUCAGAUUUUGACAUCUCAACCAAGCAAUACAACAUUUUGAAAUCACAGAUUGCGUGCGCAAGACACACUGGGAAGGCGCAUCUAAUAAGAAGAGUAUCCGCUGAAUGUUUUGUUUAAGGGCGCAUGUCAAUGAUGCGUCCGACUAUCAAUGAGGAGUCCGACUGUCUACGAAAAAAAAAUUUGCCGCGGCGCCAUGUUUGUUUUGUUUUGAAGCAAUCUGUGACCGUUACUUCUUUAAACUAAAUUGCUUUAAACUGAUUGGUUGAUUUAAUCAUCACAAUGUUUUUCCACCAAACAGAUCAGUUUGUUACAGAUUUUUGCACUGUGAUUACGGAAAAUUGCACUGUGAUUACAAAAAAAUGCACUGUGAUUACAGAAAAUUGCACUGUGAUUACAGAAAAUUGCACUGCUGUUUGGGAUUAACUGCACUGAAAUCAACCAAUCACAGUCGAGUAAUAUCUUUAUGUAUAUUAUUAAUCUACAGUACAAAAUUCACAUACAUCCUCAAACAGUAAAAAGCACACUGACUGCAUGAUCACACAUAUCGCAAGCCCUCACGUAAUUUAUCAUCUUUUAAUCCAUAUCUGGGCUUUAGUGUUUUUUCCUAUGAUAUCGAAAUUAAUUAGUGCACAAUCGUUGUGUGUUAUUCUAGAUAAAAAUGAAUGCAAUGAAUUUGGCAAGUGCAGCCAGAUCUGUAUAAAAGACGAUGAUGAUGGCCAUAAAUGCAGAUGUGUAGCUGGUUAUCGUUUGGAUAGAAAGGAUUAUCGAACGUGUAAAGCUAUAGGUUUGUGGAGAUCCUUAUUUCCUUAGCUAUAUAUGUUUGUACAUUUAUACGCUUACGUAUAUACUUAAUAUUUACACUAUUUAUACCUAUGCCAAGGUAUGCGCAGGCCUUGAAAAUCCUGGAAAGUCCUUGAAUAUGAUAAAAAUAAAUCCAUGCCUGGAGAAACCUUGCAAAUUUGGCUCAGGUUCUUGAAAUUCCUGGAAUUUCUUUCUAUGCAGCUGUGCUGAUAAUACUUGAACUGUUGAACAUUAUUUGGACUACUGAUUUUGAAUAAAUAAUGGUGUUUCAAAAUCUGUCCCAUUUUCCAAACCUUUCCAGUUUUAGGUCCUUGAAUUUACUGAAAAACAUGCUUGAAAAUCGUAGAAAAGUUCUUGAAUUCCAUCUUCACUAAAGGUGGAAGUUCUGCUAUGCAUGUCUGUAUAGGAAUAAAAUGGGUUUAAGUUUAUCAUGAAGGCAAGGUGUCCCAAGAUUUCUGUUGGGCUUUAUAAAGUAUCUUGAUAUUCAUUCGGACAGGUCAGCCGGGAUUGCAGUUAUCAGAAUGAAUAAUACAGUAUACACUUGCUUUUUUUUCAGUUUUUGUCAAUUUAUUGUCACGUUAUAAGGAUAGUUCUGAUACUAGGGACUUUAAGAUUGCGGCAAACUUCAACCUUUACGGCAGACUGUUAAUUGCAAACGGCAAACUUCAAAUUGCAUUUGAAAGUAGCAAGGCCUACAAUUUCGAUACCUAAAAGUAGCUACGUGUAAUUCUACUUCCAUUUUAGUGCACAGUUGCCCUAACUUCGAACUGCUAAUAGUUGAAUAAAUCAGAAAUGCCGUACGAGGUCGUACGUUCUGUACUAAGUUGACGAACGUUUAAUCGAUGUCAAAACGGUCUUCUGUUAGAAGGAAGACUGGUUAAUAGAAAUAGAAAUACAAAUAAAAUAGGAAAAAUUUUAUAAAGCGCCAACUUGUGUUCGAUUCUCAAAAACAAACGUGUUCGUUUCUCUUGUACUGCGCAUGCUCGUAAAUAUACGUUUGCCAAAAACACUAUUCAAAAUACUUCUAUUACACAACGUUUAAAAUGGGAUGAACUGAUACGUCUAUAUACCUCAUCUAAAAUUUAAAAAACUCCAGCGGCCUUGGCGUUUAGUCCAAAAUCGUCCACAACUUCAAGUUCUUUUCUAUAGAAAGGUGAUCUAGGCCCCCUGACACACACAUGUACUGAUCUUAGAAUUUCAAAAGAAAUUCUGGUUCUCAACCACGCUUUGACAACUGCAUAUCGUUCAUUAUCUUUUUCUACCAGUUUCUGCGCAGCUGUUUAAGAAACAUUUGGUAUUCAAUCCCCUUCCACCAUUGAAAUGCUGGAUUUAAAUGACGUAAACAAAGAUGGCGGUCCGGGAUUCGAACAGUGAACUCGAUGUUUCUAUAGAUGAUUGAUGUAUGAUUGUUCUAAAUAUAUGGAUAUUUCAGGAUUAAACGGCAAACAGAAAGGGGUAACGGUUCCGCUCUGAUGUAGAGAGUGUACGCGAUCGUAUAGUAUACUUAUCUGAAAUUAUUGGCGUAUGCCAAGCUAAUUUCGGCGUACAUGCAAUCGUACGUCCGUAUACACCUAUUUUAAGCCCUGCGUUUGGUGCUGUACCUGAAAGGUUUUCCCUUCCUAUAUUAGCGAAGACAUAUUUUUAUGGUAAUUUUCUGUACUUACUGUCUGUUUCUGUAUUGUAUUUAGAACGACAACUGUACCUUGUAUUCUCUGAUCACUAUUCAAUCCGUAAAUUGUUUUUGCACAAGCCUCAAUUCUUUGGUGUGGUACCCCACUUGAGUGGGAUUAUUGCGGUAGACUAUCAUUUCGGUGAAAACUCCAUGUAUUGGACAGAUAUGAAGACUAAAUCUAUUCAACGAACCAGUUUGCGUGGUAGUGAAGAAACUCUUGUGAAGGAAACAAUAAUAACAGAUAUUCGAGCUCCUGAUGGCAUUGCGGUGGAUUGGGUAACGGGAAAGUUGUACUGGACUGAUGCUUGGGAAAGAAGAAUUGAAGUUUCUGACUUGCAUGGUCAACACCGUCGUGCCUUGAUCACUAGUGAUAUUGAUAUGCCAAGGGCUGUAGUACUACAUCCGUAUUAUGGGUUAGUUUGAAUUCAUACUUAUUUUACAGUGCAGACAUGUCUGAUUAAACUUGUCUGAUACAAAGCAUUGUUUUCUCUGAUACAAAGCAUUGUUUUCGUUUGUGUUUGUGUGUUUGUGUUUGUUCUCAGUCAAGCUGAAAGGAUUUGUGAACAUAACAUUCUCGUUUAGAAUUUGAAGUUUUAUUAUAUUUGUUGCCCGCGGCGGGAUAUCUUGCAUUUAUCUAAAGCCGUGGCCACAAAUCAAAUUGGUGUCCAUCUUAGCUAUAUACAUAUCUCGCUUAAUUUAGGGAAAUGUUUUGGACGGAUUGGGGUGUGAAGCCGAAAAUUGAAAGAUGUGGAAUGGAUGGAGAUCCCACAAGUCGAAAAGCAAUAAUCACAACAAGAAUCCUGUGGCCUAAUGCUCUCACUAUUGACUAUACUAUAAACAGUAUCUGGUGGGUUGAUGCCAAGCUUGAUCUUAUUGAGCAUUGUGAUUUAAAUGGCGAGAAUAGACGUGUGAUUUUAGCUCAAGACAAAAUAUUUCAUCCAUUCUCAAUCUCCGUAUUUGAAGACCAUGUAUAUUGGAGUGACUGGAAUAAAAUGGGAAUAUAUAAAGCAAAUAAAUUUACUGGAAAGGAUGUGACAUCUCUUAAAGAAGGAUUGGUGCACGUCCUAGGAAUAAGUAUGAUUCACCCUCAGAGACAACCAGCAUGUAAGUAAAUAUUGUAGGAGAACAGGCAGUGUUCUUAUAGUUUCAGUGCUAUCAAAAGCUAAGAAAUAUUAGGAUUUAUUAUAUGGACAAUGGUGGUUUACUGGAAACUAAAACACUCGUAGAACUCGUAUAUCAAUACAUCCGGGACCAGGUGCGCGUAUUUUCCGUAUUUCACCCCUGCGAGUAACAUACGAAGUUCGAAAAUUUCCCGCCAUUUUCAUUGUUGUUGUUUUGAAAAUACAAAUGGUCUUUGGUUCGUAUAUGAAACAAAAUUAAUGUUGGAAAUAAAACGAAAACAUUUAAAAGACAUCUUGAGAUAAGUAAAAUUUAUUCUAGUUUUAUGUUUGCACCAUAAUUUUAAAAAAUAUCGCUUUUAUACUGGUCUUUCGCGUACUUAUUUACAUGUCUUUGUGUGUAUUUUUGUCACUCUGAAUAAGUCCAUAUAAUAAACAGAACAUUAAACGGUUGCGAGUAGAUAUUGAUUUAUGUUCUCGUGUCAAAAACAAUAUCUCACUCGUUCGCAGCGCUCACGCGUGAGAUAUUGUUUUUGCCACUCGAACAUAAAAUCCAUAUCUCUUCGCAACCGUCUAAUAUCCUUUAUAUACGUACAGUAAAAAGCAAACACCAUAUUGAAUAAACAUCAAUUAAAAUGGGUCGAUGGUUCCGGAAAGUACAUCACUUUGGCUAUAGGGCGUCGUUUUCGUGACUGAGACGUUAGGCUUUAACUAAUGUCACAUACAUGAAAACGAGCCUCUAUAGCUAAAGUGGCGUACUUUCCGGAAGCGUGUUUUGCAUGCAAUACAAUUGAAACACUAUGUCAUUGCAAGAACUAUGUCUAAGUUGAGAAAUUGCCAAAAUAUUCAGUGCGGUUAAUUAAACAAGGCUUUGAAUUUGUUAUCUCCCCUGUCGAUUCAAGCCAGUCUGCGCAAAAAAAGCAAGUGAAUUUUUUAGCAGUGUCUACACUACAAUACGUACACAAAAGUGUAUAUAUAUACUGUAACCACAAAAAUAUGUUCUUGCUAUCAGGAGAAUAAUAUUAAUACCCUAAAGAUAUACAUUGUAAUGCAAACCUCGCCCGAAAAAUAUCCAUCCUUUCUUUAAUAUGAAGCAAGAAAGUUAGGUGUCUAGUUGUUGCUUAACCUUUGCAGUAACACGUGCAGUAACGGCGUUUGUCUUGUAUUUUCAUGUUGCGGCCGAGAUACUGUAUUUUCAAACUUUUUCUCCCACUAAUUUUUAACUUUCUAGGGUAAAGCUUAGCAUGCAUUGGUUGGGGGCUUCAGCCAGACUGAAAAGUUUUAUUUUGCACAGGAAAUAUUUUUUCCUUGGAUAUUUUCGAGAGAAAAAAUAUGGCAGACUGCAGUCAAAAAGCAUUACUAUAAUAACAAUAAUAAUUAAUACAUAAUAAUAAUAAUUUUUGGCACUUAUAGGAUGAUCAGAAAUCUUCUUCGUUCUUGAUUCACAAAGGCGUUUUGUGCAGAUUUUUUACAAAUUAUUUUCAGUUCCCAGACGAAUUUGAAGAAUUUUUUCGCAGGAAGUUAAUUUCUUCCAAAGCCAAAACUUUAUAGUGUGCGUGUCCAGCUUUCUUUGUUUUAUACUUCCUUUAUUUUAUAAAAAAGAUCUUACUUUAAUUCAUUGAAUUAUUAAAUUAUUUCUACAGUCAGUUAUUAAUUUUGCAAAUUACUGAAAAAUUAAAUUAAGAAAUAGCAGUCAUUGCACUCAAUACAAAGGGCUUAUUGUAAUUACGUAAUGCAUGAACGAAUAAACCUCGGAUUAUUUGCUCUGGAAAUGCCAAAUAAAGAUGUGAGGUUUAGUACCACAAUAGGUACCAAAUAUCAUGAUAAUUUCUGUUUUAGCGUUUAACUUCUGUCAAGAGUAUAAUGGUGGUUGCAGUCAUUUAUGUUUGCUGUCAGCGCGACAUAAGAAGACACAUCGUCAUUCUUGUGCUUGUCCUAAAGGAGUUAACAUUUUACCGGACAAUAAAACAUGUAACCUUCCAGGUAGGUCUGAUUAUUAAUUAAACGUGGUUUUUAAUACGUCCCAAAGGUGCUCGUUUAUUUGGUUGCCCCAUUGGUGUACACGUUUUCAUCCGUUAGAGAUUUUCUAAAAAACAAGUAUGUUAAUGUGAUGUUGUCAAUCCAUUAGAAUCAUUGUUGUGUGAGAAGGGAAGAUGUAAUAAUGGUACAUGUAUUCCUGGAAAUAAUCUUCGUGGUCCAAUUUGUCAGUAAGUACCAGUACUUUUGCUAUUGUUUAAGCUUUCAUCACUGCUGAAGUUUCUAGUGUGUCUAAAUAAGUUUAAAUAAUAAUAAUAAUAAUAAUAAUAAUGGAAACUUUAUGUAAUAAUUUUGUUAUAUACUAUAUAAGUAUAUAUAUACAAUUGUAAAUCUUACUAAUUAAGGUAACUUACAAUUGGCUAUUUGAAUCACAACUAUGAACUAAUAAAAAUGAGAAGACAGAAUACAUGAAAAUAUAUAAAUAUACCAGACAAUCAGAUAUUUCAAAUAGUUAACAAGUCCGGACUUUCCCAUUCCUUAUUUCGACAGCGAAAAAUAUGGUAUGUACUUCGAAUGGCAAUAGUCAUCAUUUUCUUAACACAGUAUGUUCGGUACUUUUUGUUCAGACCAACAUUUCCUAACAUUUCUAAGAAUGUAGAGCAUUCUUGCGCAAAAAUAUCUAGGGAGCUCAUGGAGAGAUUUAUAAAGUUUACUUCGUUAAAAUUUUCAUCUAGCUGUUUUACUAGUUCUCUAUAUUUGACUUUUUUCCGUUUAACGUUGUUCUCGAGGUUUGUCUCAUAGCCAACAUUGAGCUCGACCACAUAAAGCGAGCCAUUUAAUAAUGAUAGCAACAAAUCCGGGCGAUACGUAUCACCAGUUAUUAUUGACGGACUUUUGCAAAUCUCACUGUUAAAGGUAAUUUACAAUUGGCUACUUGAUACACUAUACAUUAUUACACUAUACAUGGACAUGAUGAUAUUAUAGUUAUCAAUACAUAACUUGGAAAGAGGAAAUAGAAGCUCUGGUUAAGAUAGCAGAAAUAUAUCCCCAUGCAGUGUAUGCAGCCUUUAUUCAUUCUAUAAAGGGAAAGUGGCAGUUUGUCAUGCGGACAGUGGAUAAUGUUGAAAAGUUAUUCCAACCAAUGGACCAUUUGCAUUAUAGACUAAAUUUUGAUCUAGACAAAAAUUUCAUCACAGCUUGAAAGAGCAUCACAAAAUUAGUAAUAUUCCAAAGUUUCGUUGCGAAUUGUUGUAAAAUGCGGAUAAUAUAGCCUUGCGAAGUUUGCCGUUUUUCAGUCAUUUUGUAUUACGCACGGGAAAUUGACAGCCCAAUCGGGUGUUGGGGCAUCAAUUUCCCGUUUUUAAUACAAAAUGACUGAAAAUUGCAAAUUUCCCAAGGCUAUAUUAUCCGCAUUCUACAACAUUUCGCAACGAAACUUUGGAAUAUUACUAAUUUUGUGAUGCUCUUUCAAGCUGUGAUGAAAUUUUUGUCCAGACCAAAAUUUAGUCUAUAAUGCAAAUGGUCCAUUGAAGAUAUUAUAACCGAGAAGCUUAUUCUUGCACUGACGGGCAGAAGUCAUUGUUCAAUUGAAGAAAGGAAGUUGCUCUCGUUGCCAACAAGAUAUGGAGGUCUGAAUAUCGUAAAUUCAGUCGAAGAAGCUAAUCUGCAACUUGAUGCGUCCAGAAAGAUCACUGAGCGCUUGAAGAAAAUGAUAAUCGAGCAAUCUGAUUCGUACAGAAAACCGGAUUUGUGCGAAAUCAAAGCGAAGCUACUGUACGUCAACAGAAAGCAAAUCAGCAUGCGAGCAAGGCCAAAAUCAUCAGAAAGUUUACCUGCCUCAAAACAACGGACAAUGGAUUUGUUAAACGAAAAAGGCGCUUCAUCUUGGCUUACCGUUCUCCCCUUAAAGUGCCUAUGCGACAAUUUUUUUAUGAUUGAAUUGCAAAGUUCAUUUAAAAUCAUAAUAUAACUUGUUUUCUAAAACUUUAUAUUCUUUCCUGUAUAUCAAGAUUUUCGACUUUGUUUGAUCUACAAAUGUGACUUAAAUGACGUCACACUUCAUAAUGAGUUUUUAGAAAGAAAACGUUUCCUUGCCAAACAUGUGAUAAUUCCAUUGACAUUGAAAGUGAUAUACUUUAAGAGCUAUCAAAGCGAUCAUUUCAUCUGUAAAUUUGAGAUAAUGAGAAUUUUAACAAGCUACAACACAGUCUUCUGUAAAACGCAUUAUGCAGUGUGACGUCAUUUAAGUCACAUUUGUAUAUCAAACAAAGUCGAAAAUCUUGACAUACAGGAAAGAUUACAAAGUUUUAGAAAACAAGUUAUACUAUGAUUUUAAAUGAACUUUGCAAUUCAAUCAUAAAAAAAUUGUCGCAUAGGCACUUUAAAAGAACAUGCUUUUAAUUUGAACAAAAGUGAGUUUCGUGACGCUUUAUGCCUAAGAUAUGAUUGACAGUUGAAAAAUCUUGCGCAACUCAACAGAUCAUGCCAUGAUCUGUUCACAUGGUGGUAUGACAAUUGUUCGUCAUAAUGAGAUUCGGGAUAUUACUGCCGAUUGGUUGAGCGAGGUGUGCAGUGAAACUGAGAAAGAACCGCAACUACAGCCUAUUACCGGAGAAGGUAUAUUUCCUCAGUCAGCAAAUACGAAAGAAGAAGCAAGAUCAGAUAUAAAGGCAAAUGGCUUCUGGUGUCGACAGCAAAGUGCAUUUCUUGAUAUAAAGGUGUUUCAUCCCAACGCGCCAAGCUAUCGUAACUCCAGUAUUCCCUCCUUAUACAGAAAUAAAGAACAGAUGAAGAAGAGAGAAUAUGGUGACAGAAUAAGAGAAAUCGAGCAUGGUUCCUUUACCUCCCUAAUCUUUUCAACCAGUGGUGGUCUUGGUAAAGAAUCAACAGUCGCGUAUAAGAGAAUUGCUGAAUUAUUAGCGAUUAAAUGGAAGUCAGAAUAUUGUGCUACUCUAGCAUGGAUGAGGUGCUGCCUCUCUUUCGCCAUUUUAAGAUCGGCGAUCGCGUGUAUCUGAAGUACUGACAAGAAAAUGGGAAAGGAACGCACUAGCGAAGUCCAAAAAUAGUUAAUCAAAUAUCGUGGGCGCAUGGCUCACCGUUCAUGGGUGGUCUUCCUCACUGAUCUCAAAAUAUGUAGCGGACUGUCGUGAAUAGUGAACACUGAUUGGUCAAAUUUGAAUUUUGCAUUAUAACGACUGCAUUGACGACAGCGAAAUAACAAAAAUUUCUUUCAAGUUGUAUUUUUGCAAGAUUUUUGAAAUUUCAAAACCUUAGGUAAGUUCGUUUUAAAUAUUGAUGUAUUGUUUGUUUUAUAAUUGAUAUAUUUAUAACUGAUAGUGGUGGGCGAUACUGCGAAUAUCGAACUGAUAUACUGUCGUUGCGCUCGUCGUUGCGUAUAUAAGUGAAAAAAGACAGCAUAUAAUUUCAGUGUAGUUUUAUUAAUUACCCUUUCUUUUGUGUAUGCAAAUAUUUAAAUAAAGAGGAAAGCAAAGUUAUUUUCAUGCGAGAAUUUGAAAUCGGUUUAUUUCAAACUCAAUGUUUACCGAUAAUUCGAUAAAAGGCCGUUUAGGGGUACUUUACACUUUACCGUACUGCAAGUAUUUGAUGGCGUGUGUUCUGACGGUUUUUUCGUUCUUUUACUGGCGUUUGUAUUCAGUGAUUACUCCGGUACGGUAAAGUGUAAAAUUUCCCUUAUAUUACGUAUAAUAACAUACCUAGCAUAUAUAUGUUUGGGAAAUUGAUAAUUUUAUUAUUUGAAAUUAUUAAAAGUGAUAUUCUGGGGGGAUUUUUCAAUGUUAAAACCAGGAUUUUUCAUUGUUAAAACAAUGUUAAAACUAUUCUUAAAAUUAUCGUGUUACCGUGACAACUACUUUCAACUCUUCAUAUUCAGAAAACAUAAUGUUUUAUCAGUAAGGCGAGGGUUUCUGCAUGCAUGUAUUUUCUAUAGUAUCAUGUAACAAAGAACGUAAUAUUUUUAAACAGCAUAUUGUAAAGUAUUUCUUAAUAAAGCAUUAUAUAUAACUUGGGUUUAUCAAGGGUACACAUUGUUGAGUGACACUCUUGAGUGACGUCGUUGCAGAACAACAAAUUUAAGACUACUUCGACUUUUUACUGCAUUCUUUUUCUGCCAUACGUAGAAGAUCAGUAUGAAAGCUGUAUUUUCUAACUAAAUUCAUUCUAAUCAUUGCGUAAUUUGUUUCAAUUUAGAUGUAAAGAAGGAUAUACCGGUGUUCGAUGUGAAAGCAAAAUAUCUCUUGUUCCUCCAAGUCGUACUAUUCCUUUCAAGUAUUGUUAUUGUUGUUAUUAUUAUUGUUGUUGUUGUUGUUGUUGUUGUUGUUGUUGUUGUUGUUGUUGUUGUUGUUGUUGUUGUUAUAAUUAUUAUUAUUAUGAAAACUUUACUGAAUUUUUUAUGCACUUACAAUUGCAAAUCUCACUGUUAAAGGUAAUUUACAAUUGGCUUCUUGAUAUACACUAUACAUUAUUACACCACACAUGGACAUGAUUAUAUGAUACAAAAAGUAAGAGACUAGCUAGUAGGUAUUAUUAUUAUUAUUAAUAUUAUUAAUAUUAUUAUUAAUAUUAUUAUUAAUAUUAUUAUUAAUAUCAUUAUUAAUAUUAUUAUUAAUAUUAAUAACACAACACUAUUAAUAUAAUUGACAAUUUUUUUAAGAAUAGCUAGUCUAAUUUUUUUUAUCAUGUAACAUAGAACGUAAUAUUUUUAAACAGCAUAUUGUAAAGUAUUUCUUAAUAAAGCAUUAUAUAUAACUUGGGUUUAUCAAGGGUACACAUUGUUGAGUGACGUCGUUGCAGAACAACAAAUUUAAGACUACUUCGACUUUUUACUGCAUUCUUUUUUUGUCAUACGUAGAAGAUCAGUAUGAAAGCUGUGUUUCUAACUAAAUUCAUUCUAAUCAUUGCGUAAUUUGUUUCAAUUUAGAUGUAAAGAAGGAUAUACCGGUGUUCGAUGUGAAAGCAAGAUAUCUCUUCCUCCAAGUCCUAGUCCUUUCAAGUAUUAUUAUUAUUAAUAUUCUUAUUAUUCUUCUUCUUAUUAUUAUUAUUAUACCAACAUACAGUACUAACAUACAGUACGACGUCUACACCUCAACAAAGGAAGUUCUUAAAAGUUUCAAAUCUGCACAAGAGGACAAGCUUCAAAUUAUCUGCUUUCUCCAAGGCUCCUUUUUCUUUAACAUCACCAAGUUCUCGUUGUCUACACUAAACAACCUAUGGUCCAAAUCUCAAUCCAGCUUGCCAAAAAGCAUCUAUAACUUCACCAUCCGUUACAUCAACAACACUCUUCCCACACGCAAAAACCUCACAAAAUGGGGAAUAAUGUCAAACUCGGAUUGUUCCCUCUGCCUGAACCCUGAAACCCACGAUUUACUUGGAGACAUGACUCCAUUCUCAAUUUUAUCGCAAAAAUACUCCAACCUGAGCACAACUCCACACUAUUUGUUGAUCUUCCUGGAUAUAAGAGCCCAUCAAUAAUAAUGGGUGACACUUAUCGCCCAGAUCUGCUUCUUUCGAUUUCAAAUGAUUGUUUGUACAUACUUGAACUCUCUGUUGGAUAUGAAUCCAAUCUCCAAAAUAACGUUGCUCGCAAAAGGGAAAGAUACAAGGAUCUAAUUACGGAGCAGAAAAACCAUUUCAAAACAGUCAAAUUUAUUAAUUUGUCUAUUAGUGCCUUAGGUGUUUUCUCAAAAGAAUGUAGCACGUUUAUGAAAAUGUUGAACGAAAUUGGUCUUGAUAAAAAACAUCAGAACUUUUGUGUUAAGAAAAUAAUGUCUAUCGCCAUCAGAACAACGUACUAUAUAUUUUGUUGUAGAAACAAGGAUUGGACCGAUCCGGACUUGAUGAACAUUUAAGAAUGAGCUUUCUCUUAGUUUUAUACCUGUAAUAUAGUUUUAUCAAUAAUUAAUAGUUCAAGUAGUCAAUUAUAAAUUUCCUUAAUUAGUGAGAUCUAUAAUUGUAUAUACAUAAAAUGUCAAAAUAAAGUUUCCAUUAUUAUUAUUAUUAUUAUUAUUAUUAUUAUUAUAAUGAAAACUUUAUUGAAUUUUUUAUGCACUUACAAUUGCAAAUCUCAAUGUUAAAGGUAAUUUACAAUUGGCUUCUUGAUAUACACUAUACAUUAUUACACCACAAAACAAACAACAAAAGUACCUUGAUCUAAUUAAAGAGCAGGAAGCAGAUUAUGAUAAAGUCAAGUUCGUCAAUUUAUCAUUGAGUACACUCGGAGUUUUCAAGCCGAUUAUCCGAAAAUUUUGAUGGCAUGCUAAGAGGCCUUAAAAGUGAUCCCAAAUUUUGUAUAUACAUAAAAAAGAAAAUCGUGAACAUGUGCAUACGAACAUCAUAUUAUAUAUUUUGGAAACGAAACAAGGUGUGGGAUAAUCCAAAACUAAUGUCAAUAUAAUCCGCCUUAAAAUAAUUAUUGUAUAAUAAACACAUAGGCCUAGUAUCAAUUCAAGUAGACAUUGAUGAACUACCUGUAAAGUGAGGUUUAUCUUUGUAAGUGAAUGAACUACCUGUAAAGUGAGGUUUAUCUUAAUAAUCAAUAAAUAAAGUUUCCAUUAUUAAUAAUAAAAAUAAUAAUCAUAUUUAUUAUAUAUAUAUAUAUAUACACCGCCAAACGUUGAUUGGCUUGCUCAAAACGUUAACGUUUUCUGGUCAACUGAAUCUGAACGUUUGAAACGUAAACAAACAUGAAAAAAAUCGCACACCUAAUGGUAGAUUGCAAAUAGCAGUAAUAACUAACAGCUACAAUAAUCAUAUAUUAUGUGGAUGGUCAGAUCAAUGGCACACAAUAUGUACAAAACUGAACUUGCGAUACCUUCUACUCAAACCGAUAUUCUCCCACAAUACAAAUUGUUUUUGUGUGGAUAUGCUGUGUUAAACCGAACAGUGUGGUAUAUCAUUAACUGUGCACAGGAUUGGAAUUUAAUUAUAUACUUCAUUCAUGACCUUUAAAACAUUCUCUACUAUUCAGUGGUCUUCGAUAUAUCAUGGGCGUCUAGCAACCCCAGCUAAUGCAUUACACAAAUCUGUAGAGGCGGUUUUAAAUGACAACCAGAAGCGGCGCCACAUGUACGCGUCGAUCCCAUACGGGCCAGCGGAGCCUUGGAUCUUAGUAGCUGCUUCUCGUAUCAAAUCACCAGUUAUUCUUUCGAUGCCAUCCCCUGGGUGAAUGUUUUUCCAUAAGAAUUUCUCUAGUUGUUUUCCAUUGAAUAUUACCCUCUUUGUCUUCACCAGCUGGAAUUAACCGUGUCCAUUGCAUUGGAAAUUAGAUUGACAGCUUAACGAACUUUGCCUUGCAGCAUUAAACGAUUGAAGCCCCUUGCAAUCUGUUCCAUUUCGCCUUGCGAUGUUAAAUUUGAAGCAGGUGAAUUAAAUAAAUGUUUUUUAAUACACUUUCCCUCCAAAAUUAAUUCUUAAUAGGAGUCUACGCUCCAAGCAGGCAACAUGGUCUUUGGUUUUACUCUUCGCGUGAGGCUUUUGUAGUAGGGCGCUUUGCAUCACUGAAUACGCUUUAGGGGCAAUACAUUCAAGUGGCGACUCAUCUGCAUACGCCUGAUAUAGACGAGCUAACUCUUUGAUAAACGCUUUCCCGACUUUACCAGAUUGAAAGUUGUUAGAUACAUGUAAACAGUCGGAUAAAACCGGGCCAUUUAUGUUGUUUACUUCGUCGAUUAUAUUAACAUCAGCGUCAUUAUCAGGUUCAAUUUCUACAUUGUUAUAUUCGUGUUGGUUGUUUUGAUUUUGAGCCGAAUCAAACACAUCGUUUCAGAGAAUUUUAUUGAUACGUCACUGGUGUCUUUCGAGGAGUUAUUAUCCGGAAAUUUUCUUUCUUUAUUCUUUCAAACUUGUGCUACUUUAUCUCGUAGAUUUUGAGCUGAGAACCGAUAUGAUGCAUACCCUUUCUUUUCCCAUAAAUCUUUCAUUAUUUCCAUAUAACCCUUUCGCCUACCGCUCACAUGCAUGUUUUGCUAGCGCUAAUGCUCGACAUGUCACAAGAUCUGCAAUCAUUUGGUCUAUCCAUUUUGUACGCUUUUGCGAAGCUUUCGUUUUAGGCGGCAUUGUGUCUUCGCUUUACCUCAAGUAUCUCACUUGGUUUUAUACUUGUAGCGAUAUGCUCAUUACUACAUAUAAAUAAAGGCUUAUUCUUCAACUUAUACUCAAGUCAGAACGAAUUUUCUACAAUAUAUUGUAGAUCACAGCAACCCCUCAAACCAUGACCUUUUCCGCCAUGUUGUCAUUUUCAUAUUGUUAUUAAUAAUAAUAGUAGUAGUAAUAAUAAUAAUAAUAAUUAAUAGUUAAUAAUUAAUAAUAAUAAUUAAUAAUAAUUAACAAUAAUAAUAAUUAACAAUUAUUGGAUGAGGUUUUUGUGAUAUGCGGAAUUAUCAAGGUCGAGGUGAGCGUUAUCAGCCGAAACGAAGGCGAGGCUGAUAACGCUUACCGACAUUUUUAUUAUACAAUUGAAGAAUAAUAAACAUAGUAUUAACGCAUGAAAAAUUUUAUUUAUGAAAACAUAUCCAUAUUCACAUUUUUUCUACGUUUGUUCAAAAUUUUGCUUUGCUAGUUUUCCUUUGUUUGUGUUAAAUAGAUACUGCUUGCUAAUCAUCGCAGGCUCAUUUGCAGAUAACUCAGUUAUCUGCUAGCUAACAUUUGCAGAUAACUCAGUUAUCUGCUAACAGAUAACUGAAUUUUUGUGUAGGUUGCGUGAUUGCGCGAUUUAACUGUAAGCUCUUAGCCAAUCAAAUUGCUUUUACCAACUACAAUGUAAAAUAAUAACAGUUAUCAAUGCAUACAGUAACUUGGGUGAUCAAAUAUUAUUGGUUUAUCAAGGGUACACAUUGUUGAGUGACACUUUUGAGUGACGUCGUUGCAGAACAACAAAUUUAAGACCACUUCGACUUUUUACUGCAUUCUUUUUCUGUCAUACGUAGAACAUCAGUAUGAAAGCUGUGUUUUCUAACUAAAAUGCAACUUGCAUUCUAAUCAUUGUGUAAUUUGUUUCAAUUUAGAUGUAAAGAAGGAUAUACCGGUGUUCGAUGUGAAAGCAAAAUGUCUCUUCCUCCAAGUCCGGAUGUAAAUGCUAACAGUAGUAAUGAGAAUGGUAAGACAAGUUUUAUGUGUUUUUUUUUUUAUCAUUAAUUGUAAGCCAUGUGCAUGUGUAUCAAACUGGUGCAUUAAAUAUAAAUUAUUAUCUUUCACACUUGUACCCAAUGCAACCAGCGGCAGCAUACUGGCAUACUAGCGUUCAAACGACGUGAUUGGAAGGUGUAGCCCUGUUUAAGAAGAUUCACGCUGCUUAAUUUACUUCCGGCCAUCCCGGCUUGGCUAACGACAAUGAUGCCGAGAAUUAACCUCUCCAUGGACAGAACUGCCGCCACAUCACUAUAUACUAGAGACUGUACCUGGAGAAGAAGACAAGCAUAGGAACAACAAAUAAACAUGUACUGACCAAACUCGACUGCUUAUAUACCAACAACUGCCUGCAUGGAAACCCUCGAUCACCAACCAUUUCUUCGCAUGGAUAUGGAGCUAGAAAAAGAAAUAAUGCUACUUGCCGAACGAGCAAGUUAAGUCGCCAACGACCACCCCUCGCCAAUACCUGACACAAGCACAACAGAAUAACGAGAGAAAAAAAAACAAACAAAAAACAACCACACCUACUAGCCCAUUGAAGGCUCGCUGAGGGUACAACUAAGUAUGACAGAUUACGUGACAACCAAUAACACAAAACAAAACCGGCAAGCAGCCAGAGAGACAACCAAUGACUGCAACAUCAUGGCCGAAGCUACCAAUGGCUAACAGCAUCAAGAGGCCAAGUGCAGGCACUUGCAAAUGUGUAUCACACGUACCAACCAGGUGGUAAAGCCCGCCACCCCUGGGGGAAAACAAAAAAAUCAACACCCACACGUGGUGGGAGGGGAAACGUGUGAGCGGCGUGGCACACAGUUUGCAACCAAGCUCAACAAACCCCGAGCCCUUAAGGCCUCAGUGUCACCUCCUAGCAUCCUAUUGGUCAGUGAUAAUGAAUAACUGAAUACAUAUAAAUGAACACACAGCACAACUCGUGCUUGAUGUUAAUUAUUUUUAUUGCAUUAACACAUGUAAAUUGUUUUUUAGCUGUUACAAUUGGAAUAAGUGUGGGUGUUGUUGUGAUUAUCUUCAUCAUUUUUGGAAUUGUGGGCUUUACAUUUCAUAAAAAGAUUCAAAACAGAUACUCUGAAAGGUGGUGAGUUCAAUUUAAAUAUAAGUACAUAAAAGACACCAAGCAACCUCUAAAUUUAGGCCAGGAUAUAGAAAGAUUAUGGGAUUUCUACUUUACCAAUUGAGAAUCAUAUUCAAAUCUACUGUAAAUCCUUCUAAUAGUGUUAUUUUGCUUUCUAUGUCGCUGCAUGAAUGUUUUAUUGAAAUGAGCCAUUGUUUGCUUACCUUAAAUUACUCGACUCUCUAAUCAACUGGCUCAUACUGUCGAAUGGACACAACCCCUUAAUUGUGCAUUUACUAUUAUUGAUCAUCGAAACCAUUUGUCAAUUCGUAAAAUAGUUUGUCUACUCGCUCAGAGUUUCACGAAUUUUACGACUUAUGUCGUUAAGUCGUUUCGAUAGUACUGGACCACCAUCCGGCCCGAAGGACCACGAAAACUGAAUAAUCGAAUGACCCUCGCUUUUCCCUUUAAGAAUACUAAUGUAAUGACGUCUUUUUUGUAGUGUAAGUUCACUGACGUUUAAAAACGGCGUCUACGAACCAACCACGGUAUCUAUAGAGUUUAGUGGAAGUGGAAGAAGUCUUUCUAAAGGGGGAUUUUUAGGCAUAUUUACUAGAAAAUCGCAGCCUGUAAUGGUAUGUUCUGAUAUACUUAUGUCUGUUUGACUUAAUAGAGAGGUUAAGAUUUGACUUAAGCCGUGUUUACACUAAGCGACUGACAUUUACCUGUACCUGAGAAGUACUUAGUCAGGCUUUACUCGGUGUGUUUACAUUUGUUACCUAACUAUAAAGGCCCAAGUACCAUUGAAUUGGCCAUUACAUACAAUGCAAAAUGAAUUACCUGUAGAAAAAAGGUAACUCAUUUUGCAUUUUGCACAAAGUAGAAAAUGACAUCCGCUGAGUGCUGACAUCAAAGACUCGAAUUUAGGUUUGCUGUCAUGGAAAUUAGCCUCGAGCACGUCUAGGGUCAGUAAAAAUGUGUUCACACUGCGGGCCUGACAUGUGACUUACCUAGGUCCUAGGUCAGCCUUAGGUCAGUCCUAGUGCGUUUACACUACAAGACUAACUGUUCUAGGUCGGUCCUAGGUAAGGUAUAGGUCUCUAGUGUAAACACUGCUUUACACUACCGCUACCAUUAAGGGACCAUGAACCCAAACAGAAUACCAUGAUGCGUUUGAUAUAUCCGAUGAACAAUCAAAUACGUGUAAAGCCAGUGAGAGGUAGCGGUAGUCAAAUCUGAAGUUUAAUAUUAAUCUCCCUUGCUCAUGCAUGGCAGUGUCGAACAUCUUGAUCCGCAUUCCUCCACACUAAAAUUUCUACUCAAUUCCGUUCUUAGGAGCCGUUUUCUAAAGACCCUGAGCCACCUGAGUUAGUGAUGGAGUGAGUAUAAAUUUCCAAUUCAGGGAUGUGUCCACGAUAAACAGCGUGCUUCAAGGAAGGAGACUGCACUCAUUUUCUCACCUGCUGCCAAUUUUCAAAACAAGAAUUAUUGGAAAGCAAUAUCUAAAUGUAUCUCAAAUUGUAAAUAUUGUAAAGGGCUCCCAUCAGUAUUUAGAAAUAUCACCAUCGACAGCCAUAGAAAUGUUUAGACUCGGAAAUUUAAUUUCAGAGCAAAAGGGUAUACGGGAUGGCGCCAAUAAAGAUUGCCAGCAUGAUUUUUAUCAUCCAGUCAUGAAAGCAAUAUUUCACUACUGAGGGAAAUUGCUGAAAUAUGUUUAAUAUUGUAAAAUAUUAAGAAAAUAUUUUGAUAUAUAGAAAAUGUUAAGAGAUUGUCUUCACCACAACAAGAUAAAUUUCAUAAAUUUUUAGCCACCAGGAUCAUUUAGGUCAUAAUUUCAUUUCCUAUUAACACUAAAGUAUGCAAAUGAAAGAAAUCAAUGGUCUCUGUAAAGAACGGAAACCGAAACGACCGAAUCCGGAAACGACCGAAACCGGAAACGACCGAAACCGGAAAUUUCCGCCUAAUUUCCCCCCUAAAAUUGCCUAAAAUUCAGCCUGCGAGCAGGCUCACUGGCAAAAAGGUGAGCCUGCACAGAACCAAUGAACCAUGCGUUUUAUUCAUUCAUCCCUUUUCCACACUGCUAAACGCGAAACAAUCAGCGUCGACUGGGAUAAUAAACAAAGACUGUCAACCAUAGCUGUCAGCUGUGAAAUUGACGCAGGGCGUGAAAUGUACAACGAAUGAAAUGUAUAAAACAAGUGUAAGGCCAUAUAAAAUAAAUUCCUUGAUUCUCAUCACCGCCCGACGACAUUUUGGUUUCCGCGUUGAUAUAUUUUUGUAUUUUGUUAUAAAAUAUAAAUUUACCGCCCGACCGAGCAUCUUCAGAGAUUUAGUUAUUUUUAUAUUUUAUAUUGGAAUUUUUGCGAUAUAAAGUUGUUUUAUCGUUAAUAUUGCAACAUGUUAAGGGAUGCUUGGAAUACUGAAGGAAAAAAUGGGCUUAUUGCCUUAUUACAACGAUUUGUGUGGACCCUUAUGCAUGUUCAAUGUUCAUUAGCGCAUGUGCAAUUAUCCACUUAUAUAGCGGUCUUCUAUAAUAUAUUUAAGGGUAAAUAUAAAAAGACCUCCCUCUCCAAUUUUUAAAAUUUUAAACUUUUUUUUUAUAUUUUGACAUAAAAUAUAAAAUAUAAACCUCCCGCCUCCUGGGAGUUUUUAAAAUUUAGCGAUGAGAAUCAAGGAAUUUAUUUUAUAUGGCCUAACUCCAAAGAUCGAUAACAUUUUUAUAUUUAUCAACGUUUCGACUAUAUUUCAGUCAUCAUCAGGAUAAAGAAAUGUAUAUAACAAUAAUAUGAAGCAUUAACAAGCCGCACAAUAUAUUAAAUAUAGGCUCCAGAUAAUACAUUACGAGUUAAUCAAUACACAUACUAAUUAAAAGCCGAAUAAAAUAGAUACUACCAUUGGCAUUGAUUGAAUGUAAUAUUAAUACUUGUACUACUUGUGAUUGAAAGAACAAAGUUCUGAAUAUUUGAAGCUAUAAGAAAUGCGGUCAGAUAAAUUGGGCCUUUGAAUGCGUUUAAAUGAGCGUGCAUUUAUUUUUUUCGAAAUCACGAGCGUGACAUUUUAGUGGAAGUCAAAUGAUAAAGUGAAUGCAAUAUCGUUUUUAUUAAAUUAAACAAAACCAGCAUUGUUCAGGAAGUUAAUAAUAUGUAGUAAGAUUAUUAAAUAACUUACAAAAUUGUCAAUUGUCAGCAGUUAAAUAGUAUACAACCUUACGACAUUUGGACGAUAUUUAUCUAAAAUGAUAUGCCAUGCGAUCGAGUCAUCGAGCAUCAACAAUAUAAUUAUUCGUUAUGCUGGAAAUUAGGCGGGAAUUUCCGGUUUCGGUCGUUUCCGGUUUCGGUCAUUUCCGGAUUCGGUCGUUUCGGUUUCCGUUCUUUACAGAGACCCGAAAUCAAUUUUAGGGAAAUAGCAAUAAAAAUUAAGUUUCCCCCGUGAUUCAAUAAAUUUUGAAAUUUUCUUACAGAUGUUCUUGCUACAAAAAAUAUCACCCAUGUUAAUUGACCUUUCAUUUGCAUAUUUAGUACCAUAGGAUAUGGAAUAUAACCAUCAUGUCUUUAUCAGUUAGUCACUUGAUAAAAUUUGAAAUAAAAUUUUAUCUGAAAUAUAAAAUUGUACUGAUUUUUUACUUUUACUCAUGGGAACCCUCGUAUAUCGCAUAUUGUACAUAAAUAAUUGAAACCAAGACUUGGACUGUUAAGUAUUCGAACAUUUCAGACGAAUGACCAAAAUGUGUAUAUAUUUUCAUACAUAGUUAUAGUUAAUUAUUCAUGUAAAUAUUAUGUAAAGAUUAAUUCAAUUAAGAAGUAGUCAGUUGAGUUUAUGUUAAAAACUCGUAGAUUCCAAGUGAAUAUUUGCAAGCCGAAUCACAAUUAUAAAGACUGAAAGAAGGGUGUGUUUUGUUCUUCUAAUGUUUUACUAUAAGCUUAUCUAAUCUUUCUCAACUAUCACAAUGUUUCCAUAAAUUUUAGCAAGGCCUUAUGGCGC